AUGUGGCACAAAGGCAAGCGAGAUGACGUUGCAAGCAAGCGGCACAAAGGCAAGCGAGAUGACGUCGCAAGCAAGUGGCACGAACGCAAGCGAGAUGACGUCGUAAGCAAGUGGCACGAACGCAAGCGAGAUGACGUCGUAAGCAAGUGGCACAAAGGCAAGCGAGAUGACGUCGCAAGCAAGCGGCACAAAGGCAAGCGAGAUGACGUCGCAAGCAAGUGGCACGAACGCAAGCGAGAUGACGUCGCAAGCAAGUGGCACAAAGGCAAGCGAGAUGACGUCGCAAGCAAGCGGCACAAAGGCAAGCGAGAUGACGUCGCAAGCAAGUGGCACGAACGCAAGCGAGAUGACGUCGCAGGCAAAAUCGCAGCCCAAGAAGUCACCCAAAAGUUUGGCAACGCUCGCUGA